CCAGCCCGUAUCUCUGAGCGAUGCGGUCCUGCAGCGGCCUCUAGCGCCUGGGAGGGGAAUGGGGGCGAAGGAAAUAUAGCCCAGGCUCAUCACGUCCCCUUUGCUUCCUCAGUGCAUGGCUAUUUGGUAUUGUGAACGAUAAGGCCCAGCAGCCACGGGGCGAAGGACAUGAUCUUAAACACCCACGUCCUGCUCUGAGUAACCUCAAACAAUCCCAUGACACAUUCUCUGGGAGCACCACUCAGAGCAUGUCCCCACUCCAGCAGCAGGUACAGAGAGACAAGAUCAAUCAGCCAAUGGCAGAGGUGGGAAGAGAGCACGCGUGACUAAGAUGCUCUAGGGACUUUGGGGAUGAAAACUGCUAUACUAAUGUCCAUAGUCAGGCUUUCAAGUAACCAUGGACAAGAGAGGGGCUAUAGCAGAAAUUGAAAAUGGUGACACUUUACUUGACUUGAACAGAAUAACAGUAAAAUCUCAUCGUUACACAAAAGAAGAACUCUUGGAUAUUAAAGAGCGUCCCCACUCUAAACAGAGGCCUUCAUGUCUUUCUGAAAAAUAUGACAGUGAUGGAGUUUGGGACCCUGAGAAAUGGCAUGCAUCUCUGUACCCAAGUUCAGGGCGAACCUCACCAGUGGAAGGGUUCAAAAAAGACUUGGAUUCAGAUCGGACUUCUCUCAUGCGCAGGAUAGUUGAUCCUAGGGAGCGGGUGAAAGAAGAUGAUUUGGAUGUAGUCCUAAGUCCCCAAAGGCGGAGUUUUGGAGGAGGCUGCCAUGUGACUGCAGCUGUUAGCUCACGUCGAGCAGGGAGCCCUUUGGAGAAGGAGAAUGAUGGUGUUCGUGUUAUUGGUGGACGUAGGAUUGGAAGUGGGAGAAUCAUGUCUGCCCGCAACUUUGAUAAAGACCACCGGGGUGGUGAAAAGGACAUACGUGAUUCUAGAGAUGCAAGGGACAGAGAUCGUGAGAGGGACUACAAAGACAAGCGUUUCAGGAGGGAAUUUGGGGAUAGUAAACGUGUCUUUGGGGAACGUAGAAGAAAUGAUUCCUACACUGAGGAAGAGCCAGAGUGGUUCUCUGCUGGACCCACAAGUCAGUCUGAAACCAUUGAGCUCACUGGCUUUGAUGAUAAAAUAUUAGAGGAAGAUCAUAAAGGACGAAAACGAACAAGACGACGCACAACCUCUCUGAAGGAAGGACUAGAAUGCAAUGGUGGAGUGGCAGAAGAGGAUGAAGUGCAGUCUGUCCUUGCCCAUGAAACUGCAGCAGAUCAAGAAGUUCCCAGGGAAGCUGUUCUACAAGAACCAGCUCCAGGAGAGUUUGACUUCAAUGAAUUCUUUAACCUGGAUAAGAGUGUUCCUGGUUUGGCUUCGGUGAGUGACGUUUUAGGCCAGAUGAUAGAGGAUGUGCUGGGGGAAGGUUCGAUGUCUUCUAGCAGGUUCAGUAGGUGGUUCUCUAAUCCUAGUCGUUCUGGAAGUCACUCUAGCAGCCUGAGAUCCACACCACAUGAAGAACUGGAGAGGCUAGCAGGUCUAGAGCAAGCUAUUCUCUCCCCUGGCCAGAACUCUGGAAACUACUUUGCUCCCAUUCCACUGGAAGACCAUUCUGAAAACAAAGUGGACAUCCUUGAGAUGCUACAGAAAGCCAAAGUGGACUUAAAACCUCUCCUCUCAAGUCUUUCAGCCAACAAGGAAAAGCUUAGAGAGAGCACACAUUCAGGAGUUGUACUUUCAGUGGAAGAAGUAGAAGCUGGGCUAAAAGGUCUGAAAAUGGACCAGGAGGGGAAAAUUGCUACUCCAUUCAUGGCACAGCAGAUGGAGGAAGCACUGAAUGUGGCUGGCUCCAGACAGCUCAAGAAAGAUGGAGAUAUGUCUGCAUUUAAUAAACUAGUCAGCAGCAUGAAGGCAAGUGGGACUCUACCAUCACAGCCCAAGGUCAAUCAAAGCCUUGAAAGCCACUUGCUGUCUCCUCCUGAGAUCCCAGGCCAACCUCUCCCAAAGAACAUUUUGCAGGAACUUCUUGGUCCACCCAUUGCCAGACCUGCUUCAUCCAAUGUUCUUAGUGGCUUGAUAGGUGGCUUGGAACCUGCAGCAUCUUUGCUGAGCCAAAGAGCACCUUCCCCUCCAAUUUCACAGGUGUUUCCAACUCGGGCUGCUUCUGCAGACUACCUCCGUCAUAGGAUCCCCUCACCAAUUGGUUUUGGACCAAGUUCUCAGCAAUUGCUCAGUGAUCCAUUUCAGGGGAUGCGGAAGUCAAUGAGUCCAGUUGCUGCACAGAUGAGUCCACUGGAGAUGCAGCAAGCUGCCUUAGAGGGACUAGCUCUACCACAUGAUUUAGCCAUGCAUGCAGCAAAUUUCUACCAACCAGGUUUUGGCAAACCACAAAUGGACAAAAGCAGAGAUGGCUUCAGGAACAGGCAGCAGCGAGUGACUAAGUCUCCGGCACCAGGCCACAGAGGGAAUGCAUCUUCUCCAUCCCCUGCUGCAUCCAUCACUAGUAUGCUCUCUCCUUCCUUCACACCUACCUCAGUGAUUCGUAAGAUGUAUGAAAGCAAAGAAAAAAAUAAGGAGGAGCCAGUUUCUGGGAAAAUGAGAGUCAAUGAUAGUAAAGAUGAAGGUCAAAGGACACACGAAGAUAACUUACUAUCAGCUGGCUUGGUGGAGAAUGCAGACCAAGAUACUUCACCAGCUAUAGGUUCCAAACUAGCUGCAUUGCAACGUUCUGCAUGUUCUACACCGCUUUCUCUGCCAAACCGUUGCACCAAAGAACAAGACUACAGGCCUAAAUCAACUGGCAGAAAGACUCCUACAACAGCCUCCCCUGUACCAGGGUCUCCCUUCCUUCGUCCUGUUCACCAGGUACCCCUUGUACCAAUUGUACGACCUACUCAUCAACUCCAUCCAGGAUUGGUCCAGAGGAUGCUGGCACACGGGAUGCAUCCACAACAUCUUCCUCUGCUGCAAGCAGGUAUGAUUCCUCCAGGGGUGGACUUGUCUCACAUACAGGGAAUAUCUACUCCCAUCCUGGGCCAGCCUUUUUAUCCAUUACCAACAGCUGGCCAUCACCUCUUAAACCCACGCUCUGGGACACCUCUGCAGCUAGCAAUGAUGCAACAGCAACUACAGCGAUCAGUUCUCCAUUCUCCAGCCUCUGGAGCACAGGGAUCUGCUGUUGGUGUGCAAACCACCCCUCAGAAUGUACCAUCUCGGACUGGACUGCCUCAUGGACACUCACAGCUUGACCAUCGCACCAGCCAGAGAAGUGGUUCUCCUAUUGGCCUUGCAAAAUGGUUUGGUUCAGAUGUUUUGCAGCAGCCCCUCCCUUCCAUGCCAUCCAAAGUCAUCAGUGUAGAUGAACUGGAAUAUCGGCAGUGAGCAGUGACCUCUAGGAGGAUGGGUAGCUGUUUCUUUAGACUGGAAAAAGAGUCCUGAUAGUAUACAUUGUGCUUCACCUGUUUGUUUUGGGGCUUUUAUUUUUAGCACUGUGUGUGCAGAACUUCGAGACUAAAGCACAUGGCACCUGUCCUGGUCUCCAUGUCUGGGUCAAGACUGAAGGAUCCAUAUGGCUUGGACUAUGAAGCCUGAAGACAUUUAGAUGCAAUACAAAGCCAGUUUAAUCCUGGAAAUGUCUAUUUUUUUUUUUUGUAAAAUAUGUGAAUGAAGUGCUGACCUCCUCUGGUGUAGCGGGAGCAGCUAAGGAUUCCUCCUGCAGAAAAUUAAAUGUAUAGACCCUUGUGUACAAACUUGUGUAUAAACAAUCUUUUGUAUAUAUACCUAGGAUAGCUUUUUUGAACCUAUACAGCUGUACAUAAGAGUAGCUGAUAAGUUUGAGCUUUAGUUGUGCCUAUGGUUUGGAUGGCUCCAUUGUACAUGUGGGACUUAUUUGUUUAAGAUUAAAGUUGCAAAUGCCAAGUGUGCGAGUGAACAAGAUAAAGCUGAUUUCUUCUUGCCGUUUCUCACGUCUCCCUCAGAGCACAUUUCUCCUUGUCUUAUGUAAUGUGCAGAUUCAGUGUAGCUAAAGUUAAAGUAAAAGCCCACAACUGGCUCCUUGUACAACAAAUGUCUGAUUCCUUGUGGUUUUUCCAUCAAAGGUGGGAAUAGUUGAGUUUCUUGAAACUCUUUCAAAGAUGAGAUGUGGUGCAGUGAUCCAAAAGGGUCAGUCCUUUAGUCUGCAGUCCAAGACUCUGCACACUGCUCCAUAUUUAAGGUAAAUGCAUCCUGUAUUGGUUGUCAUAGUGCUCACAGCAGGGUUGGCUCUGGUCCUCUUGUUUAGCUGCAUUGUUUUAAUUUGGAUCUUCUAAAGUUAAAGGUCAACUUGAGCCUUUAACAUUCUUACCCUUCUUCAGACCCUCAAUUCUGUACAUUAGCCAUAGCAUGGAACAAGGUACUAUAGCUAUCUCCAGUUCUACUUGUAGAGGGGAGUCCCAGCACCCUGUCCCAAUCUAGCAUGCAUCUAUUGAUGCAGUUACUGUGAAAUCUGGCUGGUUUUUUUUUCUUGUGUUUUUGAGGGGUGAGGCUGUUCUGUGAGCCUAUUGUGUAUAUUUGUUUUAAAAAUAUGGCUUUUUUUAAAGCCUGUGCUGAUUAUUUUUUUUCUGAACAGCUAGUGUGUGUUCCUUCCAUCUUUCUACUGCAUGGUUCCUGCAUUCACUCUCACUUGGAGUCUAGUACUAAUGUCUUACCUGCUUUUCAGAUGAUGUACUCUUUAUUUUAAAGAUGAAAGCAAACUCCAAAUUCUCACCAGGAUUUGCUCUUCCUUGAAUGCAAAACCAGCAGCAGAAAAUCACUUGACUGAACUAUAAAUAGCCAACAAGCUGUAGGAAGUUUUCAGAUAAGUAGAGACUUUUGUGCAGAAAGAACAGGUGCACAUCUUUAAUGUUGAAUCCAUUAGGAUCACCAAUAUUUAGUAUAAAGUCUCUCCCUGGUGGUUACUCAUACUUAAGGUCAAUGAUGUAAAACAUAAAAUCACAGCUCAUCUUUGUAAAACUUUUCAUAACUUUUUAACUUGACACUUCCCAAUAGCAUUCUGUAAAUAAAGUUAAUUCUACCAGC